UUUGAGUCGAAUUUAGUUGAUCUGCUUUAUUUGUGUUAGUGCUAGAACUCGUUAGUUGUGUCAAUUCAGUCUUCAUUGUACUCUGACGAAAUUGCUCAGCUGCCAAUUAUCCAGAUAGCAGACAGUUCAUAUAUUUUGAAAUAUAUUUAAUUAAUAUGAAUUAAUAUUUUGAAAUAAAUUUAAAUUUGUUACAAUAUCAACCACAUAUAGCAAAAUUAAUUUCGUCUGUUGGGAAAACGAAUUUUAGUAUCACAGUUUUAAAUUUAAAUCCAUUAAAUUUUUAUUGCGCAGGGACUAUACUAGCAAGCUUUUGGCAAGUAGCUCAAAUUUUGUUGUAACACUCUCAUCUUUUUACUUACACAUACAAAUUUUUGGAAAUUUGAGAUUUGCUUGCCUAAAAAUUGUAAUAAAAAUAUUCAAGCAAUUUGACGUUUCUUCUAAUAUGAGCAGAGGCACGAAAGAUUUGAAAAUGACCAAGCAGGAGCGGCUUUUAAAAUUUAUUGACCUCUACAAAUCGCAUGAAGAGUUAUGGAACAUUGAUUGCAAAAAUUAUAGACGAGUAGACUGGAAGGAAACAGCAAUGGCUAUGAUUGGCGAUGAAGUAAACAUGACUGCAGAAAACGUCAAAAAAAGAAUUAAGUCAAUACGUACAACAUAUACAGCCGAAAAGAAAAAAAUUGAGAACAGCAUUAAAGCCGGAGCAGACGGAGAUGAUAUAUAUCAACCAUCUUUGUGGUGGUAUCCACAUAUGAGUUUUCUGGACGCCUCCAUAAACCGUCGGGCGAUCAUGAACAAAACAGAUUUACUUGACAAUUUGUCACCACCUUCAAAAAAAAAGAAAACCCGCGAAGACAAAAUGUCAACUUACGAAGAGGAUGAACCGAUCCAACUUGCAGUAACAAAACUACAGGAAAAUGCUACUGAUAACGAUCCUCUUGCUAAAUCAUGGGCCAUGCAAUAUAACGAAAUGAACAGCCGACAAAAAACGCUUGCACGUAAAAUUAUUUCAGAUGUGCUAUUCCAUGGCUGUAUGGGAAAUUUGGAAAUGUCUCAUGCUAUGAAAAUUCAAUCCAUAUUUUUACAACCGGCAGUAAGACCAAAUAUGGAAGAAACGACAGAUUCAUUUGAAGUAACCUAUUUAACUGACAUGAAAUCACCGAUAGACUAUUGAAUUUACCAAAAAAUAAUAAUAAUUUGUAUUUAUUAAGCAUUAUAAUUUGGUAAGAAUGUAAAUAUUACCUGUAUAAGUUGUGUUAAUGUACAUAUGUAUGUGUUUUUCUUAAAUAUUGUUUAUUUAAAAUAAAAUAAUGCGGUUAAUUUAUUUUUGAAUAUAAGUCGGAAUAAGAUUAUUAUCGAAGCAGGAACAGUUUUUUUUUGUAAUAGAGACAAUCAUGUAUAUAUGUAUAUAUCAUGUAUAUAGUUCAUAAGCGUGCACGGCACUUGAUCGAUCACCUGGACAAAUUAAUAAUGGAAAUAGAAAAUAACGAAAUAAAACUGUCCGCUCCUGAAAUCAAGUAAAGUGUAUUGAGUUGUUGAUAUUUUUCCUAAUCGUCUAACUAAAACUAAUGUUCUAUACAACUUUUUUGUGUAAACAAUCACAGAAAAUAAUUUAAAACUUGUUGGAACAUAGUUGAUAACAUUUUUAUAAUUUUUAUAGUCACAUAUCUUAUAUUACACAAAUUUGUUUACAAUUACUGAUAAAGUUUAAUAUACAAUUUAAGUUAAUAUAAUUUAACUAGUAAUAAAGAGAAAUGUCUCCACAAUUUAAUUUGAAUAUAUAAUUCUUAUUGAUAAAUAAAUGAUAAGGAUGUAAGAAAUGGAGCAGAAUUAAUUCGGCCUUAUCUCAUGUUUUAUAAUUGCAUAAUAUAUACUGUGAUCUUUUUUUUUUUUU